UAAAACCACAACCAAGUGGAUCAAUGAUAAGAAAGCACAAAAGGACAGCUUUUCCUCACCAUGCCAGUCAGCAAUUGUGAAGGAGAAUGUUCAUUUUCUGGCAAGAGUAAAAAACGAACUAAGAAGCAAAAUGUAUCAAGGAUGUCUUUAAUGGCCAUUGAAUGCGAUCUUGUGAGGGAACUGGAUUUUGAUGAUGUGGUGGAAGCGUUUUCUCUGAGGAAAUCGAGAAAGAUACCCCUCAGCUAAGGUAAAUUUAAACCAACUUUUUUUUUAAACCAACUUUUUUGUUCUAAGCUAGGGGCUGGACACACCAAAGCUUUUACGCCUGCGGCCGGCGCAUGUUUUCAAUUGAUUCCAAUGGAAACUCUGCGUUUUUCAAAUAAGCAAGCAGCUAGCGGGGUUUUUUUCCACGCUGAAAACCGGCGCUCGGGUUUUAUUCGCUGAGCAUCGAGGGUUCAAAAAUAUUCAACUUUGAGUGAAAAGCUCCGCUCGUCUUUUUGGAGUAUGUUGUACAGUAUGUUGACAGAUACUGGUGAGAUAUAAAUAAACCAAUUUGUGGUGUGAAAGUACAGAAUAUUGUGUGCAUUCUCUUCCCGCGUAUUAGUGCCAUUGUUAAUCCUGUAUGAUGGGGCAUACAGGCAGAGGCGAACCAACACUUGAGCCCUGUGCAUACAGGUGCAACGCUGUUGCCCAAAAAAUUGGUAAAGGGGGCCUUUGAGACAUCUGUGCCCAGGGCACAACAUCGCCAUAAUCCGUCCCUGGCUAUCAGCCAAUAAUUUCCUAAGCCAAAUUGAGCCGCCAGCUGAUAAAGUUUGGCUGAGCCGGUUAUAAUUAUUUGCAAUCAAAUAAUAAUUCUAUCACAUAGAGACAUACACACACGGAAUAUAAACAAUACACGAGAUCCAUUUUCCGAUUGGUUUCAUAACAGCACAGUCUUGUGCUCGCUCGUUGCUACAAAACACAGAGGGGUUGCAACCUGUGGAGGUCGCAUAUGCAGGCUGCAUACGUCAUCAAGCCUGGUUUAUUUAAGUUAACUGAGCAUUACAUUCGCAAGCAAUACGCAUAUUACAACAAUUUACAACUAACUUAUAAUAAGAAUAAACUUUAUAAUUGUUGAUAUUUUGAAAUAAGACAGUGUUGAUGACGUAGGCAGCGUAAAAAUGCGACCUCCGGAGGCAGUCUUCGGAUUGGUAAAUUAAAAUUGCUUGUUUUCCCUACAGAAGAAGCGAUGCAUUAGUAACGUGCGCGUCACAACAAUGCAUUUCAAAAAUAGACUGUGUUAUUUUUAUUUUUGACCAAUGCGCGCGACCAGCAUCCACUCAGGAAAAAGCUGCGGGUAAAAUAACGUUUGUAUGUCUUUUUCCGGGUGCUGUAUGCAGCAUGUUCAUUUUUACUUUAAUUUUGUAUUGAAACUGUCAUUUGGAAUCGGUGAAGUCAAAUAUAGACGCGUUUCUUAUAAGAGCCGCUUCUGGGAAGUCCGCGGCUGUAUAACAUUGACUAAAGUGGUCGCAAUCAGGUCCGGUAGCGCCGCCACGCAUAUUUCUGCGAAUGAGAGCAAGUAAAAGCAACAGAAAGUUUCUUUCUAUCGGUCUCCCAUGCUGCUUGAACCUCAGAAGUAAAGAGACUUUUAAAAAGCUUGCCAGUAAAAUCCAUAUCACACCAGCAAUGACAAGGUAAGCCAACGUUGCUAUGGUUACAGUCCAGAUACAUAAUACAUUGCUAGGCUAUUGCUAUGCUAUCUACCGUUUUAUUACAAACAGCAACCAAAACUACAACGUAAAAUUAGUGUAGACUUUUAAACAUCAAUUUUAAAAGUUUUUACCAACCUUUGUAUGGGAACCUAUAAUCAUUCAUUCAUUCAACCCAGUGCAUGCCAGGUUUGUGCUGUGGCUCUGAAUUAAAAGUGAAUUAAAGAAUAGAAAUGAAAAGAGGUUGGGUGUUUUGCCAUGUUAUUAGUCUAAUUUACCAGACUUUUACCAGAUCAUUUGUCUAUGUUUAUAAUUCUGACAGUGAUUGUUAUUGUAUUUUGCCAUAAGUCUUCACUGUGCCUAUUCAAAGCUCAAGGGCAAACACAUAACUUCUAGAUUUAUAAGCAGCAAUAAACUACAUUUUAACAUUUUAUAAUGCCUAGUCAUACUUCUGUUAUUUUGAUGAAAGUAACUCAAAAGUAAUGUAACUCAUUACAGUUCAGAGACAGUAAUAUUGUAAUGUGACUAAUUACUUUCAAAUUACAGUAAUUUGUAAUAUAUAAUGUAUUACACUUUGUAAGUAAUUUUCCCAACACUGUUAAUCAGUAUAACGUAGACAUCUGUAGACAUGUGGCAGCUUCAGCCAUUUGCAGCUAUGAAAAGUUUGGCGGCUGCAGCAGCCAUUUAGGUUUUGGCUGAGCCGGCUAGCCAGCCAAUAACUUCAUCAGCCAGCCAUUAUUCUCAAAACAAACGGCUUCGGGGUCUAAGGAGGAGGAGCAGCAGCAGCAGCAGGACCCUUUGGAAGGCACAUCAAGUAGUACCAUUGAAGAACCACUGGAUUCUACAUAUGAUCCUGCAGACUCUAUGGACUAGUUGCACGGGAUGACGUUUUUCUAUUUCCGCUUUCUUGAGUGUACGCGUGUAAGCUUCCGGUUUCGCGAUAUGAAGACAGGAAGAUAUGAAUCAUGCCGCUGUUUUACACACAAUGUCUGCAAGAUCUAUCAAAGUAACAAUCACCGAUGUCCAUCGGCUAGUACAGCAGCAUGCUCAGCUCCGAUGAUCAAAAGGAAAAAGUUGUUUAAGGUGUAUAUAUCAAGUUACAUCGACAACUAUGAAGUUUCAAACCAAAGAUUCAUCAGGGAGGGAGCGUCAGGGCUACAUGCUACAGAUGAGAAAGGGCGAGAACCCUCACGACCCCGGAGUGGGAGUAAAAAUAAGAAGCUCAAAGCCUCAAUCAGGUUUAUUAUUUGUGGUUUUGAUGUGCCUGUGUUGCAAAAUGAUGAAUAAAGGAUCUUAACAUACACCAAGCUUUCAUGGAAACCACAGAAACUGGUUCUAAUGGCUUCUGUUUUUUACUGUAUGUUAAUUAUAAACCGUGAACGGUCAGUUAUCUUUAAGGUUCAUUGGCCAGUGAUAUUUAAGUACUGAUUUUGUACCCUGUACCUAUCUUAUGCUUUGAACUUUCACUUUUUUAUAACACUCUAUAUGAAAGUGAGUAAAUUGAGACAGGUGAUCUAUUUGGAUGUCCUUAGAUUACAGUAUUGUGUAUAGUGUUAUGCAUUUGAUAACCUGACAUGGUAUUGAAUUUGUGUCCUGAUUCUGUAUGUGAAAUAACAUACUGUAUAUUUUGUUUUAAUGUGUAGAUUGUCUUUGACGACUGCUCACCAGUUGACAUUUCAGUGGCCGACUGUUCCUGUGUGGCUGAAAGAGCACUCUGCAACCACUAUGUUGUGUUUGACCCAGCUGAGAGCCCACCCUUCGGACUGCUGGAAAUUAAAUGUCCCAAUUUAAUGACUGUAGCUACUUGAAAUGCAGAGUGCAAUGCAAGGCCAGCUUCUUCUUAUAGGGAUGUAGUGGUGUGAUUUUUGGUGUUUUUACAGAGGAGGGUAUUCCCAUACAAUGCAUCUACAGAGACUGUGAGGUGGCUAAAACUAUAAGGGAGAUUAUUUUUAUUUUUACAUGAAUGUUUGAAGAGGGUUCGCAUCACUUAUGGGAUUUAAUUUGAAUAAUAUGCACUACAUUAUUUCCUCUUUAAAAUCCACUGUACAUAUAACAUUGGUUCUUUAUAUUGGUAAUAAUGAUACAGUUAAGUAAUAAAAUAAAUAUAUUUCUUUUAAUGUGCUCCUAUGUGUGGCCUCCUCUUAAUGCUAUCAUGCUGCGAGUCAGGUGUAUAAAGCAACAGCAAUGCUAAACUUUCCUUAGUGGUAAAGUGUAACUGUCCAUCUCAUAAGUUGUGGAGAAUGGGGUUUAAAGGGACACAAGGCAGCAUUUUUAUUUUAAUAAAUCAUCUUUGUAAGUCGGUAUAUGGUUAAAUGACUCAUUACCGGACGAAUGAAGUCUCUCUCGCCCGCCCCUACCGUCUGUAGGAAGAAUACCCCACUUGCAACUUCGCUGUAUCUGACCCGGUGUCCUUCAGUCUCGCAAAGUCUCAGAUAUCGCGAGAAGCAGUAUCACUUUACAGCAAACAACACAGAGGCAGGCAAGCUAAACACGGCUAGCGAUUGUUGCAAAUGGCAGAGCCGGGGAAGAAGCAUCGAAAACCCUUGACGGAAGGGAAACUUAACUGGAUUGGAAAUAAGCUGAUAAACUUGGUUCCGAGGGGGGAGGGACAACAGUUUGUUUUUACGACAGUGUGUUUGAAAGCAUUUACUUUUAGACACUAGGGGAGCUUGUAGAGAAAUAUUACGCAGACUUGCCUGGUUUCCCUUUAAAGGGUUUAUAUAAGUGUACACAGUUGUUUGAAAAUAAUUACCUUUUUAAUAAUGUAAAAGAUGUCAACAAAAUACUGUUUAAUUAAUCAAUUCUGGUAAGUAAAUGUCUAACAAAAUUAUAGAACAUUAAUUAUAAAGUAUUUACAAGAAACUAUUGCAAAUAGAAACAUUCAUUCUAAAGUAUUUACAUUAAAAUAUUUUAGAAAUACAUUCAUUAGAAGGUUUUUACUGGAAACUUGCAAUUAGAAACAUUAAUUAUAAAGUAUUUACAUGAAAACAUUUUAGAAAUACUUUCAUUGGAAGUUCAUUACAAGAAACGUUUACAAUUAGAAACAGUCAUUAGGGGUUUUCACACUGCGCUUAACCCUGGGUUAUCUUCAUUCUAAACCCUGCUUAACCCUGGGUUAAGGAGCGUUUCACACCUGUAAUUUGAAAGCGGUGUUUACCCAGGGUUAUGAAACCCUGCUCCGGAGCAGGGUUAGCACCGCAUUUGUGGUGUUAACCCCGCAUUGUGGUGCCAAACGCAUGCAGUGUGAAACGAAGCAGGGUUAGAAUGUUAUGACCCUAAUUAAACACAGUUGAAGUAGCUAAUCAAGGUGUUCAGGGUUGCUUGAUAAUUACAGACAGGUGUGUUGGAGCUGGGUUGGAGACUCCUGACCCAGGGUUUAGGAAGGCACAGUGUGAAACGUCAAAUUAUGAAUACCCAGGGUUAUUUCUUAACCCCUGGUUAAGUUUCAACAGUGUGAAACAUGCAAAAAAAAACAAGGAUUCCGUUAACCCUGGUUUUAGCAUAACCCAGGGUUAACAAUUUCAGGUGUGAAAAGCCCUAUAGACCAGUUCAAGAGAUGUAAACAACACUGGUCCAGAAGCACUUCCUGUUUCCGUUUUUUAACACUAGAUAAACGUUGGGAUAAAAUAAACCAACAGAACAUAUAAACCUAAAUUAACUGAAGUUAAACAAACAUCUUAAAGAUAAUAAUAUAUGUAAAAUAAAAAAAUAACUGUCACAAACUGUAACAGGAAGUGUUUUUGGACCAGCGUUGUUUACAUCAUUUGAACUGGUCUAUAAUGUAUUUACAUGGAAAUAUAAGAAAUACAUAAAUUAUAAAGUAUAAUAGUCAAGUCCGGUGUAAGGGAACUGGUAUAGCUUCUUUUAUAAAUCUCCUCAACCCCUUAGCAGUCACUACGAAGUCACACGGACAUCCAUGAGUGAUUUUUGUAGGGUUGAAGCUGUCCCUACGGAUCUUGAUUUAACACUGAGCCCGUACCGCAGUAUUUACAGGAGUGAAAACUUAUCUCUGUGUUAUUAUACUGUUGCUGAAAUAGCUUGAAAAGUGAAUGCUGAUUGUUAUAGAAAGGUAAAGUGUAGUCCAUGCCUUGAGGGCUGUUUUGGUGGAAACCUACACAAUACUAAGCAGAGUAAUGAAGUCGGAGGAAGCAAUAACAUGGAGAAAGAAGGUCUGAAGAGGAGCCUUGACAUGUUAAGGGCACACGCUGUCACAUUUGACAGUAUAGUAAUAGACCGGCAUCCUCAAGUCCAAAAAUUCCUGCGAGAGGCCAACAUUACACACUAUUAUGAUGUAUGGCACAUAGAAAAGGGACUGUCCAAGAAAAAUCUGAAGAUUUCUCAGAGCAAAGACUGCGAGAAACUUCAGAAAUGGGUGCCUAGUAUAAAAAACCACAUAUACUGGACAGCAGCCUCUUCUUCCUCAGGCCAAGAGAGAGUUGCCAAAUGGACUUCAAUUCUGAACCACAUACAAGACAUACACACACAUGAAGAUCCAAUUUUUCCAACGUGUUUGCAUCCACAAUGCACUUCAAAGGACAAGACGAAGUGGCUGAAAGCAGGAACACCUGCCUUCUGUAGACUGGAGAAGGUCCUGACCAACAAGAAGAUUCUGAAAGACAUUGCAAAGCUGAGCCCUCACCAUCAGACCUCAUCUUUGGAGGCGUUUCAUAGCGUUAUUCUGCGUUUCGCCCCAAAAAAUGUUGUCUUUCCUUUUCUUGGGAUGUUAUGCAGACUCUACCUGGCAGCACUGCAUUUUAAUGAAAACACUGGGCGUCCUCAAGCAACAACAGCAGCAGGUGAACCAGUAUUCCAAGUUAAUUGUCCUAAAUACAAAAAAGGACUAUUUUCUGCAAAGCCAGUGAAAGCAGAACCAACCUUUCAUUACUUGAACAGCCUGUUGGACCUUAUAUUUGAAGAGGUAGUUGUGGACCCGGCCCCGUAUGUGGAUGAGGUGCUGAAGAUCUCGAUUCCUGAGGACCUCACAGCCCAGUUUGACAAACCAGACAAGCUGGAACUAAUAGCCAGCUAUGUCUCAAGGUUUAAUCGAGGGCAGGUCUGAACCCCACAUACCUUGUCUGGCCAUCAGGGAACUCUGUCCUUAUUCUUGAGACCACACAUGAGGGUAGCACCACCCUGAUCCUCCGUCCCAGAAAUCCCCAACACCAGCUGACGAAGCUUCGGUACGCCAAGAACCUGUACCGACUCAAACACAGCAACAAAUGUCUUUACCAAAAAAUUUUGUACAAUAAAACUUUUUACAACAACAGUUUUGUG